AUUGAAAGAACAGUGUGAAGGAUUGCGUUUCUUCCCUGGAAGAACUCAGGUCGGGAUCAACCAUUGUUCCGGCUCAGGCCAUUCCUCCAUCUCUCCAUCUCUCCAUUCCUCCAUCCCCGCCUUGUUCGGAAUGCUUCUCGGAAUUGUUUACUCAAGAUUCCCAACUUCCGGUCCUGUGUCGCAUAUAUCUUUCCCGUUCUUGUUCUUCCUCAUCUGAAGGCUACCUCAGCAUCUCGUUCCACUCCCUAUCAUGCUCUCACGUAUCUGAAGUGGUCUCCUGGCACGCUCCGUCGCAGUCAUGGAUCCCGAGGCCCAAGCGCGCUUCGACCUCAUCAGCGAAAACCUCGCCGAGGUCCUCAAUCCCGAAUUAAUUGAGAGUAUUCUGAUCGAAAAGAGAAGCCCACGAGUGUACUGGGGAACUGCCACAACGGGCCGGCCUCAUACCGGCUAUUUCGUCCCCGCAUUAAAGAUCGCACAACUCCUCAAGGCCGGAUGCAAUGUCGUCGUCCUACUGGCUGACAUUCACGGAUUUCUCGACAACCUCAAAGCACCACUCGAUCUGGUCGAGAGCCGUGCACAAUACUAUCGCAAGGUCAUUACGGCAAUUCUGGAGUCGGUGGGGGUGUCUACGGAAGAGCUGGAAUUUGUUUUCGGGAGUUCCUACCAGAAAAGUCCCGAAUAUGUCAUGGAUGUAUAUCGACUGUCCUCUUUGACUUCAGAGCAUGAUGCCAAACGAGCUGGAGCGGAAGUCGUCAAGCAGUCCAACAAUGCGCCUUUAAGCGGCCUCUUGUAUCCUAUCUUGCAAGUGCUUGAUGAGGAGCACCUAAAUGCCGAUGCGCAACUAGGAGGUAUGGAUCAGAGGAAGCUGUUUGUGGCCGCAACGGAGUGGCUACCUAAACUUGGAUAUCGAAAGCGUUGCCACCUGGUCAACAAAAUGGUAGCUGGGCUACAGGGAGGCAAGAUGAGCUCUAGCGAUCAAGAUAGCAAAAUUGAUCUUCUUGACCCUCCGGAGAGCGUUUCGAAGAAGAUUCGCAAAGCCGAAGCAGCCCCGCGUGUCGUCGAAGAAAACGGUGUUCUUGCAUUAGUCGAGUUUAUCCUGCUCCCCGCAGCCGCUUUGAAAGGAAUCAAGGAAUUCCGAGUUGAGCGCAGGGAUGCAGAGCCCUUAGUCUACACUGACAUUCAGCAGCUUCACGACGAUUACAAGAAUGAUAUCUUAACGCCACAACUUCUCAAGCCAGCCGUUGCAGCCGCGUUGGCCAGCCUUAUGGCACCAAUCCAGAAAGCAUAUCAGGACUCACUUGACUGGCAAGAAAUCACAUUAAAGGCCUACUCGCCAGCAGUUCAAAAGAAACAGAAGAAGGUCAAAGAUAAGGGCUCCCGCUACCCGGGUUCCAACAAGGACCAAAACCUGGAGAAGGCCACCGAUCCUCAAGAUCAAUACUUAUAAGCCAAGAAGGGGGUGUCUAGAAUUUUUAGAAUUCUCAAGCUUUCAACCCGUGUGAACGUACCGCAAGAAAUUUGUUGCCAAUCCAGAUGGGAACCCUCUCCACCGAGGUAGUGGUCACAGUCCCUGAUACAAAUCCUCUUGUGAAAUUCAGGUAGCAGAAACCCCUUUUAUCCUGUCAGAUCCCAAUUACGAUCGAUCGUGACAGUACUAAUAGUACGGAUGGUGUAUCAUACCCCAUCGUACGUGGGAUGGAAAUGGCUUACCAAGCCGGGUGGGUGCCGAUAUUAACUCCGACAAUUAUUACUAUAUGUUAUUACU